AUGGAGUCUCCGGCGCCGUCUCAUCGCAAGGGACACAAGCCCUCAUCGUCCUUCGGCUCCCUGUACGAGGUCCUGGCCGACCUCGACGACAACCAACUGCAGUAUCUCAUCCAGGAGAUGAACCAUACUGGCCAUCAAAAUGUCCCCGUUUCCAAGGCAGUGUCGGCAUUCGAGACCAAGACCCCGGACUCCCUCAGCUCCCUGAGGAGAAUGAGCAUGAUGCCCGCUGCACAACCUGUGUCUGCAUCGGAUGCAUCUUCACCAGCGGUGCCCGGGCUCGGCGUACAACGACAGCUCUCCAAGUCUCAACGAGGGCAGCUUCGUCUGCAGUCGGCAUUCCAAAGGUCGCCGUCAUUGCGCCAACGCUCACGCCCGGAGAGCCCUGCCACGCAUCAACCCUUAUAUAGCUCGCCUCUCAAGACCCCGGAACCCCAGUCUCUCACCCAACCGCUCAGCCCCCGACCUGAGCAGAAGCCGUCGCCGUCCCCCGAGCCAAGGCCGGCUCAGCAGAAUGACAAGCGGGCUUCCGACUUCUCAUUAUUCGACUUCGGGUUCUCCGGCAAUGGAACCCGCGAUUCGGUGGCUCAGCCGAAGACUGAGCCCGAGGUCGCACCGGAGGUCAGGCCCGUAAGACGGACGGACACCAUCGACUUCCAGCCCCCACAGAAGCGAGACACCUUUGGCAACCAGCCCAAUGACCCUGCUUUUGACUUUGGGUUCGCCGGCGACGUCCCGAGUCUGCCGGAUGAACCGGGCGAUCGCCGGCCCAGCUACGCGAGCUUCACCACCUUCGCCGGCGGUGACGCCCGCCGGCCGAGUUACGCAAGUGAUGCGCGCCGGCCUAGUUGUGCAAGCGAAGUUCGUCGACCAAGCGAGCCGGACGUCCCGGUCCCCGUACCCCGGGGAAGGCCGGAAGGCUUGGCUGUUGAGACCGGCUCUCUCCAGCCGCCCAAGAACAGGAGCAGGACGAAGUCUGUCGCAUACAAGCGCAUUCCUCGGCCGGACUUCAGCCUUCCUGAUGGUGUCACUGUUACAGACCUUCUCAUGCUUCUCGAGCUGGAGUACCAGUCGUCGACUACCCAGCAGCCUCUACUACGAACUCCCAGCUUCUCUUCCAUCCCGUCUUCGAACCACCUUUCUCCCGUCUCUCUCCCUUUGCCUCGCCCAAACUCGGCCAGGCGAGCCAUGACCCAAACGCCUAGUUGGCCCGGGUCUCGACCUCUUCGGCGGCAUUCUUCCAGACUGGACAUGAUGCUUGACGCUGAGCGCAAUGCCUCCGGCGCCGAAGAGAUUGGCCUGGGCAUGCUUGAACCCCGGCCGCGGGCGUCGUCGUCGGUAGGGACGAGAUCAAUCUCGCUGGGCAAUUCCGUCGCCACGACUCCCAUCCUGUCGAUGGACUCCUUCUCAUUUGAUAAGCCCAUCAGGGCCGACACGACGCCACCUGUCAUGGAGGGUAUCUUUGAUGUUUUGGAGAACCAAUAG